AUGAAAGCUGGAACGUUUGCUCUUGUAAGUUAUAUUAUUAUUGGAUACGCUGUAACUUGUGACGUAUUAGUCGAUCAUAAUGAAGCGAUAAACAUAACGAAACGAAUCAUCAAAUGCGAAUCAAAAUUCGAUGAAUUGAUGAAUGAACUAUUAUCUCAGAACUGGGCUGAAGAGGAAAGGCCAUGUUUGGAGCAAAUCUUGACAACAAUAUAUAAUGUGAAAAAUUUAACCCUGUGGGCAAAUUGGAUAUGGGACAGCAUGCAGUUGCCAGUUGGUCAACUAUACGGAUCUCGGUAUCAUCUUGGUAAUUAUGACCAAUGUCUGAGAGAGACAGUGGCCGGUUCUCAUUUCCCCUUUCGGAAGCAGUAUUGCUUAGCAGAUAUUGUACUUCAACCUGAUAAAAAGGAAGUUGUGUUUUCUAACAAAAUUAAUCUUAAUGGACCAACAGAAAAAUAUAUUUACUCAGUUACAAAAUUAAAGCAACGUUUCAACAUUAUGACUUGGGGUGUGUGUACACCACAGAUUUGUAAGACGAAGUCAGUGAAGAGCUUUAUAAAAGCCCUCUUAAAACAGAGCCAUCUAAUGAACUUCCGAUAUACUCCUGAAAUUACAUUAGAUAAAUGCGAAGUUGCGCAGGAUGCAAAAGAACAAACCGAUGCCAUUUAUGGUGUAUUGUUUAUAAUAUUAUCAACAAUAGUUCCAGCUUGUAUUUGUACAUUAUACAAUUCUACACGAAGUGAAGCAAAUUCUCAGUCAAACGCAAAUCGUAUAAUUCAAUGUUUUUGUCUCAAGAGAAACUUUAAAGAUUUACUGGACAGACAUAAAAAUGAUAUCGAAAUUCUACACGGAAUGAGAUUUAUUUCGUGUUCUAUUAUCGUGUACGCGCACGUUAUCAUAAUGUUUUUAAUAGUAUCAUCUACUGGAAAUGGCUUGGAUUUUGAAGAGGAUCUUCAUUAUUCCGGGUUGUUAAAACUGAGUUCCGUAAUAGUAGUUGAUACAUUCUUUUUGAUGUCUGGUCUUUUAUUGAUAAGGAGUAUUAAGGGAAAGAUUACUCUUGGUGGUCUUGGAAAAGUGAUAAUAAAACGAUAUUUCAGGCUCAUCUGGUGGUACAUGGCAGGUUUGCUUUUAGUCUUCUUCAUUUCGCCUCGCACCAGUUGCGGUCCGUUGUGUUCCAAAUUUGCAGAAAUAGAGCGAGAUGCCUGUAUGAAGACGUGGUGGUUGGGAAUGCUGAUGGUGGGAAAUUAUAUUGACACAUCUAACUUGUGCCUUCUCCACACUUGGUAUAUUUUCUGUGACUUCCAUUUGACUGUCGCCACUGUAUUGAUGUGUUGGGUAUACCAAAGACAACGUCGUACUGGAAUAAUCUGCUUUACUAUACUCGCCAUUCUAAGUGUGAUACUGCCCGGCCUGGAUGCGUACUAUGGUCCAGAAGUUGAUGAAUAUCCACUAAAUUUCGAACUUCUUAAAGAAUUAAGAGACAGCCAUUCUUCUUCACCGAUAAUAACAAGUUACAUUAGAAGUCAUCUCAGGGCCAGCCCGUUUUUCAUGGGCUUGAUGAUGGGUUACAUUAUGACCAUAUAUGAACCAAAGUCAUUACGAAGAACAAUUACAAAGAAACACCUCACGACUGCCAUACUCGUAUUUGUAGCAGUAGCAACGUUCUUCCUUAUUGCAUGCAGUUACAUGGAUAGCGUUUUCAGGAACGCCGUAGUUAUGGCAAUUCAUAGACCUAUAUGGGGUGCUUUUAUAUGUACUGUGAUUGUUAUAUGUGAAUACGGGACUUUUCCCAUCGUCAAGGAUUUCCUUUCCUGGUCCGGUUUUGUACCUCUUAGCAAGCUGACAUAUGGAAUCUACAUGAUACAUUCUACAACUAUUAUGUAUAAUAUGAUAACAACCAGAAGUCCUCUCUAUUACAACAGUUAUAUUGUGAUGGAAAAGUUUUUGGGAAACAUGGCACUCGCUUGUUUCAUCAGCCUAUACUUUUUACUUUUUGUCGAAGCACCAUUAAACAAUUUAGUAAAUUUAUUGUUGAAUAAUAGUGGAAAUGCUGAAGAGAAGGUAAAGGAUAAAAAAUAUAAUUAG